UUCCACCUAGUCGCCUUUGCAUGCUGCCUCAGGCACGGGACACCCGUUCGCUUCCAGCACGUGAAGAAGGGAGCCGUGCCCAGUUAAAUCCGGGGGUUGACGCUGGCUCCUGGCUUCACCUCCUAGACACGGAGGCUAAAUUUAGCAGGGGUUGGUGCUCAUGUGUCCAGAGGCCAGAUUAAGCAGAGAGCCCUGCUCCCGGAGAUGCCGUUAGUACUGGUUUUCUGGGGUGCAUCUUGGAGCCAUUCAGUCUUCCUUCCUUGCUCAGGGCUUCUGGUCUGAGGUCCUGGCUGGGCAAGAUGCUGUGCUGGCACCUUCAGCUGCACCACCCCCUCCACAGCCACCACAGUGACACUGCACACACCCAUAGGCCGACUUCUGCCGAGCUGUAGCUUCCCCUCACUGUUUCAGGAAGUCACCUCCCUUCCCCUCCAAAGCACCCCCACGUCUCCCGGCUCCUGCUGCAAGCCACCCACCAGGCACUUUCCCAGCUUCUGCACCCCAGGGCGCCUCAGGAUCCUUGGGGGCUACUAUUCCCAGGGUCAGGUCGGGCGAUGGAGGCAGAUGCUGUGAGUGAAGGGGGUGUCAUGGCGGAGGAGCGACCCCCCCGGCUCGUGGAUUAUUUCGUGGUAGCUGGGCUUGCGGGGAACAGAGCACCUAUACCUGAGGAGACUCGGAUUCCUGAACCCAGUGGGCUCCUGCGCCCUUCCCGGCCAGCUGAGCCCAUCACAGAUGUGGCAGUCAUCGCCAGGGCACUGGGCGAGGAGGUGCCCCAGGGCUACACCUGCAUCCAGACUUCUGCUGGAGGCCACCCUUUGGAACUGAGUGCUGGGCUCCUGGGUGGAACCCAGCCCGUCAUCUGCUAUCGCAGGGGUCGUGACAAGCCACCCCUCGUUGAGCUGGGGGUGUUUUAUGAAGGGAAGGACCGACCCAAGCCUGGCUUCCAAGUGCUUGACACAACACCCUACAGCCACUCAGCCAACCUGGCCCCUCCGGGCCCUGGGCAUCCCCGAACCUACCUCACUUACCGACGGGCAGCAGAGGGGGCAGGGCUACAUGCUCUGGGCAUCACUGACCUCUGCCUGGUACUGCCCAGCAAGGGCGAGGGCCCUCCUCAUACUUAUUGCCGACUGCCCCGCAACCUCAACCCUGGCAUGUGGGGCCCUGCAGUGUACCUGUGCUACAAGGUGGGCCUGGCCAAGGCCAACACGCUGGUGUAUGAGGCAGAACUGCUGGGCCGCUACCCAGAGGAGGACAACGAGGCCUUCCCACUUCCCGAGUCAGUGCCCGUCUUCUGCCUGCCCAUGGGGGCUACCAUCGAGUGCUGGCCUGCCCAGACCAAAUAUCCUGUGCCCGUCUUCUCCACCUUUGUGCUCACGGGGGCCGCUGGUGAUAAGGUAUAUGGUGCUGCCCUGCAGUUCUACGAGGCAUUCCCAAGGGCCCGGCUGUCUGAGCGGCAGGCACAGGCACUAGGCCUGCUGAGCGCUGUGGAGCGGGGCCGGGCACUAGGGGGCCGAGCUGUGCGCAGCCGGAGGGCCAUUGCUGUGCUGUCCCGCUGGCCUGCCUUCCCUGCCUUCCGCGCCUUCCUCACCUUCCUCUACCGCUACUCUGUUUCCGGCCCCCACCGCCUGCCAUUGGAAGCGCACAUCUCCCACUUCAUUCACAACGUGCCAUUCCCCUCCCCACAGAGACCCCGCAUCCUAGUGCAGAUGUCUCCCUAUGACAACCUGCUCCUCUGUCAACCUGUGUCCUCGCCCCUGCCCCUGAGUGGUGCCAGCUUCUUGCAGCUGCUGCAGAGCCUGGGCCCUGAGCCGGCUGUCACACUGCUGCUAGCUGUGCUCACAGAGCACAAGCUACUGGUUCACUCGCUGCGGCCAGACUUGCUCACCAGUGUCUGCGAGGCCCUUGUUUCAAUGAUCUUCCCACUGCACUGGCAAUGCCCCUACAUUCCGCUGUGCCCCCUGGUACUGGCAGAUGUACUGAGUGCCCCUGUGCCCUUCAUUGUGGGCAUCCACUCCAGCUACUUCGAUCUGCAUGAUCCACCUGCUGAUGUCAUCUGUGUUGAUCUUGACACGAACACACUCUUCCCGACAGAAGAAAAGAAGCCCCUUUCUCCUCGGAUCCUGCCCCGUAAACCCUACAAGGUUCUGCUGGCCACACUGACAAACCUGUACCAGCAACUGGACCAGACUUAUACAGGACCUGAGGAGGAGGCAUCCCUGGAGUUUCUGCUGACAGACUAUGAGGCAGUGUGUGGCCGUCGGGUUCGCCUGGAGCGGGAGGUCCAGGGAGCCUUCCUGCGCUUCAUGGCCUGUCUGCUCAAAGGCUACCGGGACUUCCUGCGCCCGCUCACUCAGGCCCCCUCUGAGGGUGCACGUGAUGUGGACAACCUUUUCUUCCUUCAGGGUUUCCUUAAGUCCCGAGAACGCUCCAGUCACAAGCUGUACUCCCAACUGCUACACACACAGAUGUUCUCCCAGUUUAUUGAGGAGUGUUCUUUUGGCUCUUCACGGCAUGCUGCCCUCGAGUUUUUUGACUCUUGUGUUGACAAGGUCCACCCAGAGCAGGAGAAGCCUGAGCCCACACCCUUAGUGGAACUGGAGGAGCUGUCAGGAAAUGAGCUCACAGUCUUCAUCACACCCCCAGAGGAGCCCCCAGUACCAGAAGGCAGCGAAUCCACUCCCCAGUACUGCUAUGAUGGGUUCCCAGAGCUACGGGCUGAGCUAUUUGAGUCUCUUCAAGAGCAAGCAGGGACCCUGCCUGUGCCUGGGCCAACCCGUAGUGCCCCUAGCAGCCCUGCCCCUCGACGUACCAAACAGGAGAUGAAGGUUGCACAGCGGAUGGCACAGAAGUCAGCAAUGGCCCCUGAGCUGUGGGCCCGGUGCCUGCUGGGACACUGCUAUGGACUAUGGUUUCUGUGUCUUCCUGCCUACGUGCGCUCAGCACCCUCCCGAGUUCGAGCAUUGCACACAGCCUACCAUGUACUGCGUGAGAUGGAGAGCCGCAAGGUGGUGCUUCCCGAUGAGGUAUGUUACCGCGUGUUGAUGCAGCUCUGUUCACACUACGGGCAGCCAAUACUAUCUGUGCGGGUCAUGCUGGAGAUGCGGCGGGCAGGCAUCGUGCCCAACACCAUCACCUAUGGUUACUACAACAAGGCUGUGUUGGAAAGCAAGUGGCCAUCAGGUACACCAGGUGGACGUCUGCGCUGGGCCAAGCUCCGGAAUGUUGUACUGGGUGCUGCUCAGUUUCGCCAGCCCUUGAGAGACAGGCAGCAGCGGCAGCAGCAGCAGCAGCAGCAGCAGCAGCAGCAGCGACAGCGACAGCAGGCAGCAGCUCCCCAGGAAGCAGGCAGCUCCCAGACAGAGUCCUAUGUGCAGCGCCCUUCUCCUACCCGCCCACUUCAGCGCCAAACCACUUGGGCCGGGCGAAGUCUGCGGGACCCGGCCUCACCCACUGGGCGCCUGGUGAAGAGUGGCAGCCUGGGUAGUGCCCGAGGGGCGCAGCCGACUGUGGAGGCUGGUGUGGCCCACAUCAUAGAGGCUUUGGGAGUUCUGGAACCCCGAGGACCACCUGUGCUCUGGCACGAUGGGAGUCUUUCAGACCUGAGCCUGACAGGGGAGGAGCUGGCACCUGGAGGCAGCCCAGGGGGCUCAGGCUCAGCCCUGAGUACCCAGUCCACAGAAGCCCUGGAAGGGCUGAGUAGACGAGGGUCCAAGGCUGGUGGAAGCCAGGAUGAGAUGGGCACCCCCCGACGAGGGCUGGGUGCCCGCCUCCAGCAGCUGCUCACGCCUUCCCGCCGUUCCCCUGCCUCCCGUGUCUCCUCUUCAGAGGUGCCAUCUGACCUCCCUGUCGCAGCUCGCUCUAGCCCCAGGGACAGCCUCCUGUGGCCCCGGGAGCGCCCUGGAUCCACUGCCUCUGAGCAGAGCUCAGCCUCUCUGGGCAGUGAGUGGGACCUCUCAGAGUCUUCUGUCAGCAGCCUGAGCCUCCGUCAUUCCUCAGAGCGCCUCAGUGACACACCUGGAUCCUUCCAGCCACCCUCCUUGGAAAUUCUGCUGUCCAGCUGCUCCUUGUGCCGUGCCUGUGACUCACUGGUGUACGAUGAGGAGAUCAUGGCUGGCUGGGCACCUGAUGACUCCAACCUCAACACCACAUGUCCCUUCUGUGCCUGCCCCUUUGUGCCUCUACUCAGUGUCCAGACCUUUGAUUCCCGACUCAGCGCCUCCAGCCCCAAGCCUGCCCCUACUGGCAGCAAAGAUGCUCCUGUCCCUGGGGGUCCUGGCCCUGUACUCAGUGAUCGCAGGCUCUGUCUUGCCCUGGAUGAGCCCCAGCUCUGCAAUGGGCACAUGGCGGGUGCCCCCCGGCGGGUCGAGAGUGGGGCGUGGGCAUACCUGAGCCCCCUGGUGCUGCGGAAGGAGCUGGAGUCACUAGUAGAGAAUGAGGGGAGUGAGGUAUUGGCAUUGCCUGAGCUGCCGGCUGCCCACCCCAUUAUCUUCUGGAACCUUCUGUGGUAUUUCCAACGGCUGCGCCUCCCUAGUAUUCUACCAGGCCUGGUGCUGGUCUCCUGUGAUGGGCCCCCGCACCCCCAGGCUCCAUCUCCUUGGCUCACCCCUGACCCAGCCUCUGUGCAGGUGCGGCUGCUGUGGGAUGUUCUGACUCCAGACCCCAACAGCUGCCCACCCCUGUAUGUGCUCUGGAGGCUCCACAGUCAGAUCCCACAGCGGGUGGUCUGGCCAGGCCCGGUACCUGAAUGUCUUAGCUUGGCGUUGUUGGAGUCAGUGCUGCGCCAUGUCGGACUCAAUGAAGUGCACAAGGCUGUGGGGCUCCUUUUGGAAACUCUGGGGCCCCCUUCCACUGGCCUGUACCUGCAGAGGGGCAUCUACCGUGAGAUCUUAUUUCUGACAUUGGCUGCUCUGGGCAAAGACCACGUGGACAUAGUGGCCUUUGACAAGAAGUACAAGUCCGCCUUUAACAAGCUGGCCAGCAGCAUGGGCAAGGAGGAGCUGAGGCAGCGGCGAGCACAGAUGCCCUCUCCUAAGGCCAUCGACUGCCGGAAAUGUUUUGGAGCACCUCUGGAGUGCUAGGGACCUUUAAGCUUCCCUCUCCAGCCUGGGUGGAGAGCUGAGGAGAAAGGAAUCUAGAGAUAACAGGAUUUCUUGUCCGCUUCACAGAGGAGUGGGGAACAGGCUGGGAAGCCUGUUGAGCCACGGACCCCCUGGGGCAGCAGGAAGAAGGCCCCACUGUUAGCAAAAGUCACAAUUCGCUAUCCCAGCCUGCCCAAUUUGUUCAUGCUGAUGUUGGGGGAGCACUGGCGGGGAGUUGGUAUGGCUCUGUUCCUCCCCUGUUCUAUUUCAGGAACUACUCUCCAGGGUACUCACAGAUCUGCAUUGCCCUGGUCAUUUUAGAAGUUUUUGUUUUAAAAAACAUCUGGAAAGCUACAGAGCUGCUGAGCCUUCUCCUUGAAUUGGGAGCAAAGGUUCUCAUUCCCCACCAGUGAGAGUCCCUCAUCCCUGCAUUGCUGAAGGAGCCCAUGGCUCUCCAUGCCUUUCUACCUUAGUGUUUGUAUUUUAUUUUAAAUUAUUUAUUCUGGAGCCACAGCCCUCUUCUGAGGUUUUUACAGAGUAAGAAAGGGAGGGAAGUGGAGCACCAUGGUUUGUAGCUCCUUGAAAGCUGGGCAGCGGGAGCUAGAGGAGUUGCAAGCUGUCUUUGGGACAAACUGGUACCUCUUCAGUCCUUCCCGUCCUCUCCAUCUCGGGGAAUUCCUCACCCACCCAGGGCCCUGACCAGUGCAAUAAGGAUUGUUCCCUGUGAAGUUUUGUUGGAUGUAAAUAUAGUAAAAGCUGCUUCUGACUUUUUC